AAGACGCCGAAGCCGCGGUGUCGCGAGGUGCCGUGAACGCCGCGAGCGCGAACUCGAAGACGGCGGCGGCGGAAAAGGCCAAGGUGAAGGCGGAGGCGGAGCUCGCCGAACUUCGUAAACAGUUGGAGCUCAUGGACGCCACCGGACGCGAGGCGGCGAGCUCGAUCGCCGCGCGCGAACGAGCGGAACUCGCGCAACAGCGCGCCGAGUCGAAGCUCGCGUUGGCAGAGAAAGAAGCCGAGGAGGCGCGGGCACAGAGCGAAAAGGCGCUUCGCGAGGGCGAGGAGCGUAAGCGACGUUUCGCGCACGUACAAUCACAAUUCCAAGUCACGGAGAAGGAACUCAAGGAAAAGUUGGAAAAGUUUGAGUCCGAGUUGAACACGCUCCGCGCAAACGCAGACGAGGCGGAGAAGAUGAAAGCGGAAGCGAUUUCUAUCGUCGAGGAGGCGCACGCGGAGUCGGUCGAGGUCAAGAAGGCGUUGGCGUCGAUGACAUCCAAGGCGGACGAGCUCGAGCGCGCGUUGAGGUCCGUCGAGGCGGAGGCAUCCGAAUCUCGAACACAAAUCGGCGUGUUGGAGGAGACGUUAGCAUUACGCUCGGCGCCCCCGGUGUCGGAGCCGCAUCCCGAAGUACCGAAGCGAUCGGCUUCGACGCAGACGGAUCGCGAGGUGGAACGCGAGACGCCGCCUUUGGUCGCUCGCGACGACUCGCUUGUGCGUGACCGCUUGCUCGCCAUCAUGGCUACGUUAAACAUUCCGACACAAAAUGCGAACGCGCAGCGCCCCGAGCGUGGGGCGUUCGGCAUGAGUUUAAUUACCGGUUUAUUCGCCGGAUCGGACGACGACGAGGGCAAGGCGAGCGUCGAUUCGGCGGCAACGGACGAGACGGAUUUGGACGCGCUCCUCCAUCGCGUGGAGACAUGGGCGCGCGAACGACGCGGCGAAACGCCGACCACGUCCUCUCCGCGCGACGCGCCGAGCGUCGACCCGGUAGCCAUGGAGAAAGAGAUCCAAACUCUCAAGGAUGAGUUGGCGGCGCUCAAGGCGGACGAAGGCGAGCGCUCCACCGCGUCUUUGGCCGCCGUCAACCGUCGCGCGCAGGAAGCCGAGCGCGCCGCCGCGGAGGCCAAGGAGAAGCUCGCCCCACUCGAGCGCGAGAACCGCGAGCUCGCGUGGCAAAUAGCCAUGCUCUCCGAGCAGGACGAAUCGAAAACGCGACCCGCGCUCGCGCAAUCCGGAUGGUUGACGCAAGCAAUCAAGGGGUGCACCGCGCCCAGACGUCCGCGUUCGGUGCUCCUGUGA